AUGACUAGAUCACAGAGUCAACCAAAUCAUUAUCAAAAUGAACUAUUGUCAUCACAAUCUUCUUCAAGUUCUCCCAGAUCUCUAAUAACUCCCGUUUCCCCUUCAUUGCAACCUACUAUACCCAAUUAUCCAAGAGAUACUAAUUAUCCUGAUAGAAUUCAAUAUCGACAUGGUUCUGGUUCUUCUAAUUCAAUAUUUUCGUUUCCUUCCGAAAGUCCAGCAGCAACCCCAACCACAACUACAUCAGUUCACUUUCCAAAUGGCGCAACUGGUCAUUCUGUGUCCGAUAAAUAUAAUAUUAUACCAACAUCUGGACCGUGCAUUGAUGCUCAUUCUUGGGGUCAAAAUUCAACUCGAAUCGCCGGAACUCUGACAGAUUUUAUUGACAUUGAUACACCAGAAUCAGCACAUACUAAAAUAGCGAGCGAUGGGACUAUUUAUAAACUUGUGUUUUCAGAUGAAUUUAACAAGGAUGGUAGGACAUUUAGACCUGGAGAUGAUCUAUAUUG